CGGUGGUUCUUUGGAGCUGCCUGCUUUUGCGACCAGCGGCCGCGCUACCAGAGGUUGCCGUCUGUCUUCGCGGCGUCCCGGGCUCCCGUCGGGCCUUGAAGCAUUGGCACAAGUAUGUCUGGCCCUCUCUUGGAGGGGAAGAGAAUGUGGAUCUGUUUCUCGUAUCGCCGAUCCAGAAGCAAGUUCUGCAGCGGCACCACUGCCUGGAGUUUCCAGAAGAAAAAGCCAUCGAGAAGAGGUUCUACCUGUCGCUCCACGACGGGGAAGACGAGGCGACCACAGGGGGCUUGGAGGUGAAGAAAGAUGAACUUGAGUCAGAUACUAGUACAAAAAAGCUAGAGCCGCACUGCGAAAACCGUGCUAUCCCCGUGAAAGACGCUUUUCUGCGCAACGACGUCGAUAUGGAGGCGUUUCACGACGAGCACACCCCCGCCUGGCGGGCCUAUGCUUUUCCGCUCAUGUUCGAAGCGGAUUCGAAGCUGCUCGGGGGGCUUCCCUUCCCCGACUACGACCAAUUGGCGUUUCAGGAGAACUACCAGGUGCUCCGGCAACCGACCCGCUGGCGGGAUUUGUCGUGGAAGCUGGAGAAGCAUGAGCGCAGCCACCGAACCUACCUGCGCCGGUACAUCAAGGCGGCGCCGCAAUUUUUCGACCUGUGGAAGUGCGAAGAAAUCAUUUCCAACUCGGAAGUGUAUGCGAGGAAUCACAAGAAAUACAGUCAUGUGCUUAUUACAAUGAAAAAUCCCCUCACCCCCGAACCUGGGCGCAUUUGUAUUGCAAACCUUUGCAAAUGAAACAUUCGCCCUCUUGCAUCUAUCAGCAUCACAGAUUUCGAGUCGUGAAUCGAAAAAAAUUGUAUUGCGCAAGAUCCCAGCAAGAGCGGCGCUUGUCAUGCGAGCAAUGCGAUAUACGCCUAGACUCUGCAUCAGAAAGAUUCAUAGUCCUUUCAUGCAUGACAAAAAGUUUUCAUUUGGAAACUUUGCAUCACAAAUUAUUGCAACUUGGGGGGUGAGGGCAUUUCUCAUUGUAAUAGUGCUAAUCUCGCGGAUGGACUUGUUCUUCUUCGCGCCCCACGCGAACAUAUCAAAUGUAAAAAUGUCUGGGUCCUCUGGAAGAAUGCAACUUGUGAUGCUGCAUUUAGAUUCCAGAAAAAUCUCUAUUGCAUGAGUACCAAAGGCAAGGCAAUUUUUGCUACGCGGAGAGGGCAUUUGUAAUGCGGAAUAGACAUCAAGAAGCUCUCAAAAAAUCUGUUGUGCUAGGGCAUGCAUCACAGACAUCAGGGCUCAUGCAAAACGUGCAUGACAAGUGUCAGAAUCUUCCAGACCCAGACACUUUUACAUUUGAUAGAACAUCCUACCCGCGACGCGGGGCCUGACGUUCGCGAACUUGGGCUACGACUACGAAGAGCCCCGGAUGGCCGCGAUCCGGCCCUACCGGUACGGCUGUUUCAUCCCGCGGGGAAUGGACUGGGUCACGGGCGUGGCAGAUUUGCUCGCUUUGUGCGACCGGAAAGCGGCGCGCGUGUACAUGAAGGGGCGGCUCGAUCUCUUGAAGCAACCCACGCAGUUUUUGGAGCUGGCGGACCUGGCAAGGAAGAGACGCGGCAUCUACAACAGUGAGCUGUUUUUGGCAGAUGCGUUGGAACUACACCAAGUACCGAUUCAGCGGUACGAGGCGGCGUUUUUUCGGUCCUGCGCGGUGCCGGUGGACUUCGAGAAAGAGCUGUUUGUGAAGGAGUACGACGUGCUUUUGCUGAGUGAGGUGGAGGAUUUGAUGCUGGAAAAAGAAAGACUCAACCCAGUUAGUUCUACAAGCGAAGUCGCAGGAACAAUCGAUGUUGACUCUCCGUCGCCAGAAUCUACCUCCAAUCUGGAAGUGGAAGAGCAAGAACCUUCUGAAGCGAAAGCAACAGCAAUGCGGAAGCAGCCUGCACAAGUAGAGAAGAAAAAAGUAGAAAAACCUACCGACCUCCAGACGACCAUAGCGAACCGCAAAGGCUACAAGAAUCGGUGCCGAGUUUGGAGCGAGUUGGGGGUGGCCGGAAAGUUUGAGGCUCCCCGGCCGCCGGAAAGCCGGGUGGAAAGAGCGCGGGACUUUUGGCACAUUUAUUUAGUACCGGGGAAGCUGCCGCACGAAGUUCUGGGGAAGAUGAAACAGCAGCUGUUUCUGUGGAAGGAGCAUCAAAUUGUGCCUCAGUACAUCUCCACGGCGAGGUUCGACGUCGACUCGCUGAUCAGGCACUUCGCUUUCAACAACACCAAGGUGGCAAGCUAUUUCGCGCACUUUUAUCACGAGUUUCGGAAGUUUGCGGUGUUGGACAAGAAAAGCGGACAACCUUUGAAGGUGCAAGAGCUCGCUGCAACGACAACAUCUACCUCAUCGGCGUUGCUGGACGAGAGCAGCAGGAGGACUACAGAUCAUUCAUCUAUUCCGGAGGAGUCCUCAAAUGAAGAUCCUAUAAAAAUCGCUCUCGCCGGCCGUCGCACGCAGUGGAAGAAGUCCACUCUUCGACAGAGUAUGCACAAACUCACGAGGAAGAAGGCGCCGAAAUUUGACCAACAUUCCCUGGAGAACAUCACCCAGCGGCUGAUGUACUGUGGCGCGGACGUGGGGGAGCGGUUUGAGCGUCAUUUGCAGGUCGCGGCGCCGCACUUGGAACCGCAAGCGCGGUUCGAGCUAACCGGCUACCCGGGCGCGAGCACAAAGGGGCAAGCGCUUUACUUCGGACCGGCAAGGGAGGGCCAGCAACUGGUUUCGUAUUUCUACGCAAACGCGAUUGAGGUCAAUAUCAAGGCGGUGGUGUGGGACAACAACAUUUUGCUGGAAUUCGGGAAGGAGAUGCUGCAAAGGUAUUACGAUGCCUUGCUCGAGGAAAAAGAAGGGCAAAAGAAUGCUGUCGUAGAGCCUUCAACAUCCGAUAUUGGAAAUGGCACGGAUGCAGCGACCGAACGAAAAGCCUUUGAGACCGCGCUGAUCGGGUCGGGCACCAGUCAGGAGGUGAUAGACAAAGUGCUCGCAAAAGGCGGAGAUCUGGACACCCUGGUACAGGACCCGCGGACGUACAUCAACGAAAGUCACUGGGACGGCAGGACCGGGAAACUGGUGCAAGACACCCGGAUAACCGGCAGCAAGUACCGGGAAAAGGUUUUUGUGUCGCAGAAAAUAACGGAGGAGGACAAUGUGCUCCAGUCGCAACUGAUGGGGCUGUGGGACUACUUGAAGUUGGCAACGACCGCAACGGAUCGGGCAAAGAAAAUAGCGGAACUGGGAAAAUUGUUUCCUUUGUUUCACUUUCCAAGCACGAGAUUUCACGUGUGAGAUGCGAUUCGCAGCAGGCUGGGCAUGAUGUCUGCGAACAGACUUCUGUAUGCCUCUCUGUGUAAAAGUUCUUGAUGUAGUUGCCACAGUGCGUCAU